AUUUCAAUACACUCCACCAAGGACACGAUUCAGGAGAUAAUUCUUGCAUGCCUGGCCUCUCAAUUAUCAUUUGGCAAGACCCCUUAACUGAGUGAGUACAAUUCAUGAUUGACUAUCCAGGAGUCUCACACCGUGUUGUUGGUUAAGACAGAUAACAGUGCUUAGAUAGCUUCUCUCGCAGCAUUGUGAACAAAUCGUUUGGACAAGUAGUAUUCCUUAACACCGGUGAAUACAUUUAAGAUGGGCAAAGCACAAUCAAAAUGUUGUGGGCGUCGUAAACGAGUUACACUUAACGAGGAAACUGGGGAUACUCCCGAGAUCGUACCUGUAGAGGAGGUGCCAGUAGAAGAGAACGGCAAAGCUAAGCAGCCCGAGGAACAAGCCAACAGUAAACCGGAAGUGGAGACGAAACCGGAAGCCCAGCCUAUUGAGACUCAAACGCAAUCACCAACAGAGCAGCUACAGGAGAAGUCGGAGAGUUCAGAUGAGAAAAUGAAACCUGAUACGACAGAAACUGCGGACAGCCAACCACAAUCCCCUGCAAGCGGUGGAACCAGCUCACCAGUGCCGUCUCCCGAUGACGUCACAGUACGUACAGUGGUUACGGAGAAGGUGAUCGAUGAACCCAAGAGCAUUCCGGUAAUCAUCGACACUGCACAGGCAACAGAUACUACUAAAUUGUUGGAGUCAAAUGAAACACAAUCGGAAUCGUAUUCUGGAUCAGAAAGUCACUUCAAAGAAUCAACAGCGACAAGUCGCGUGGUGAAGACAACAGUGGUCACCGAAAGAUACACGUUAGACGCCUCAUCUGAUGGCGGUCCUACCAAUGCUAUUACAACUACUGAAACUGUUACGGAAAAAAUCACAACAGAAGAAGAUGAAGUAAUCAAUAAAGCUGAGGAAAAAGAGACUUAGAUCCGUCUGAUUAUCAGUGAAAUUCUAGUGAAAAUAAAAGUUACUUUGCGGAGUAGGAUAGAAUAGAACAAUAUAGGCAUGUUUGGUAUAUGUGCAACUAUACUCGAAAGUGAAACUCCUUGAAAGUUGAACGUACAAAGAUAAUAAAAUACAAUAAAAUACUCAACUGGCCACUCGGUGUGUGAAAAAUGUCUUUUGUUUUUAUACACUCGUGCUUUUCACACACAAAAUAACUGUUUUACAGAAGUACUAGAAUGGUGAAAAAAAUAUUUUCUAACUCUUUGACGAAACAUUUUGUUUGUUAUUAUUAUUGUAUUGAAGGCUAUAUAGUAAUCGAUAUUGUACAUCGAUUUAUUAACCAGGAAUAAAGUUCAAGGUAUUUAUAAUA